ACUAUUAUCUUUUCAGGCACACACAACACAACCACACUCAGCCUUGAGCCUUCCCACCUCCAAUAAUCCUCUCCGCCGCUAUGAACCAAUUAACCCUCUUCGCCGCCGUCACGACGCUCCUCUUCCUUGCCUCCGCCUCAGCCUUGACCUUCGGGGAGGAGGCUGUAGGAGUGGGCCCGGGAUCGUCGCCGCCGUCAUGCAGAUCCAAGUGCGGGCAGUGCACGCCGUGUAAGGCGGUUCGCGUGGCGAUUCACCCGGGCUUCACCUCCAAACUGGAGUACUAUCCGGAGGCCUGGAGGUGCAAAUGCAGAGACAAGAUCUUCUUCCCUUGAGUAACAAUAUUAAUUAAUUAUUUAAUUAAUUAAUACCUCAUUUUUAGUUUAGUAUAUGCAUAUUUAAUUUGUACUACUACUACUACUAGUACUUAAUUGGGGUUUUUGCCAACAUUUGUUGUUUAUUUUGUCCUGUACAUACAAUACCAUACUAUGAGGAGUGCAGAGAUAACAGACUAUUUCAGUAUACUUUUAAUUUUAGCUCUA